CCCUUCGCUCCUUUUUGCUCAGAUAGGCAGGCAGCGGCGCGGAGCUGUAGAAAGUUUCUAAGUGGCAAGGAGGUGGGUCCUCUCCUCCUCCUCACACCGAGGUGGGGCUGGGACCUCGCAAGGUGCACCUUCUUCGGAGCCUCUCUCUGCAGAGCCAGAGGGCAGGACGGCUUCUCCGUGAGCCCAGAGGAGGAUGGAUCGCAGGUCUCGGGCUCAGCAGUGGCGCCGAGCUCGCCAUAAUUACAACGACCUGUGCCCGCCCAUAGGCCGCCGCGCAGCCACCGCGCUCCUGUGGCUCUCUUGCUCCAUCGCGCUCCUCCGCGCCCUCGCCACCUCCAACGCCCGCGCCCAGCAGCGCGCGGCUGCCCAGCAGCGCCGGAGCUUCCUCAACGCCCACCACCGCUCGGGCGCGCAGGUAUUCCCCGAGCCCCCCGAGUCCGAGUCCGACCACGAGCACGAGCACGAGCACGAGGAGGCAGACCUGGAGCUGUCCCUCCCCGAGUGCCUGGAGUACCAGGAAUCUUUCGACUACGAGACCGAGACCGAGACCGAGUCCGAAAUCGAGUCUGAGACCGAUUUCGAGACCGACCCCGAACCCGAGACCGCCCCCACCACCGAGCCGGAGACCGAGCCAGAAGAGGAGCGCGGCCCGGUGGCGCCCAAGAACCCCCACUCCGGCCAGUCCCUCGCCCAGCGCCUGCACGCUCUGAAGUUGCAAAGCCCCCACACCUCCCCUAGUCGCGCACAGCCAGGCAUUCACGAGCGCCGGGGCCCCAGGCAGGGGGAGGAGCCCGAGCCCAAGGACAAGGACCCCAGGGACCCCGAAGAGUCUGAAGAGCCCAGGGAGGAGAAGCAGCAGCGCCGCUGCAAGCCGAAGAAGCCCACUCGCCGCGACCCGUCCCCCGAGCAGCGCGCGGCUGCCCAGCAGCGCCGGAGCUUCCUCAACGCCCACCACCGCUCGGGCGCGCAGGUAUUCCCCGAGCCCCCCGAGUCCGAGUCCGACCACGAGCACGAGCACGAGCACGAGGAGGCAGACCUGGAGCUGUCCCUCCCCGAGUGCCUGGAGUACCAGGAAUCUUUCGACUACGAGACCGAGACCGAGACCGAGUCCGAAAUCGAGUCUGAGACCGAUUUCGAGACCGACCCCGAACCCGAGACCGCCCCCACCACCGAGCCGGAGACCGAGCCAGAAGAGGAGCGCGGCCCGGUGGCGCCCAAGAACCCCCACUCCGGCCAGUCCCUCGCCCAGCGCCUGCACGCUCUGAAGUUGCAAAGCCCCCACACCUCCCCUAGUCGCGCACAGCCAGGCAUUCACGAGCGCCGGGGCCCCAGGCAGGGGGAGGAGCCCGAGCCCAAGGACAAGGACCCCAGGGACCCCGAAGAGUCUGAAGAGCCCAGGGAGGAGAAGCAGCAGCGCCGCUGCAAGCCGAAGAAGCCCACUCGCCGCGACCCGUCCCCCGAGUCCCCUUCCAAAAGGGGACCCAUCCCCAUCCGGCGUCACUAAUGGAGGACACCGUCCAGAUUCUCCUCGUUUUCAUGGAUUCAGGUGCUGGAGAAUCUGGUAAAAGCACCAUUGUGAAGCAGAUGCGGAUCCUGCAUGUUAAUGGGUUCAAUGGAG